AUGUCGUAUGCUAUUGAGACCAAAAAGCGCAAAUUCGAUCGCAUCCUCGAGGCCCUAACCGACGGUGCCGCCUCGACUCCUCCCGCCUCACCGUCGCACUCUUCGAUCAACGCCUCCACCACCUCCCUCUCUCUCUAUGCCGCUUCUGACUCCUCCAAGCGACGUCGCAUAACUCCCACCAGGGCUAUCGCAUCGCAUACCUCUGCGCCAGUCACGUUGAGCGGCCAGUAUCUCCCGUCGAGCCGAGCCGCAUUUCUUCAACGACUAGAGACAUUUCGGCAUGUGACCCAGUGGCAUGUCCCAUCGACCGACCCCAUCAACGCUGCGGCGUGGGCAAAAAGAGGCUGGACUUGUGUCGAUACAGAUACAGUGGCAUGUGGUGUCUGUAAGGAGAGGUUGUACAUUGAUCUAAAUGUCGACAAGGAGCUGCUCAAGUCCUCGGAGAAGGAGGGCGACAAAGGUGCGGAUGAGGACGUAGCUGCGGACGAGGAAGACAGCUUCGCCAUCUCAUUUGAGAUCUACGACAAGAUUGUCAAAACAUACCAGGGCAUGAUUGUCACCGCGCAUGCAGAGAGUUGUCUCUGGCGAAAGCGAGGAUGUGACGCUUCAAUUCAACGCAUUGAAGGUCUCUUGAACACCGCCUCGGCCCUGUCCAGCCUGAGAGCCCGCUAUGUCAGUCUUGCCAGCCAUCUAGACGAAAUACCCCAGGUUGAGCCUCUACCCUUGGCCUCUGUUGAGAAUCCUCACGAGUUGGAACAAUUCCGACUCGGUGGGCAAGAACGACCUCACUUCGACACGCUUCGACUCGCAGUCUGUGGGUGGGAGAGGAAGUGUGACGAUGUCAUUGAAUGCCGUCACUGUUUCCGCUCGCUGGGUCUGUGGUUAUAUCGUGGCGAAUCACCUGCGAUCGAGAAAUUGGACGCCAUUGACAACCACCUAGAAUAUUGCCCGUGGAGGUCGGCCGAGGCUCAAGACACCGAAAUACCAACGGGGCACAGUAAGACCACUACGGGAGAGGAAAUUGUGCCGAAGAAAGAGCGAGUGCCAGGUUGGGUACUGGUGUAUCAAGCGAUCACAAAGGACAACAAACAGAGAAGAGGAUCCACCACAACGCCCUCAACUGCAGUCUCCGAGACCGUGGCGAGCGAACAUGGUACUGAGUCCACGACACCAGAACAGCGUGAGAAGAGAAUGAAAGAUUUACUGCGGAGGAUCAAGGAGAUCAAAAAACCCUUCAACGUCAAAGCCCUCCUGAGGCGCAAGGACAAACCAAAGGCUUGA